AUGCUUUGCACUGCCAGUACCUCGGAGUGCGAUCGAGCGGCACGGAGCACCCCUGUGGUCGAGGUCGGGGACGCCGGGCCCAAGGUGGUGAAACAGAAAGAGGGCGCAGACAAGAACGCUGCGGAUCGGCUCCUCUGGCAGUCACAAGCGCGCGGAGUCUACAAGACCGACUUCGAGAGCAAGCUUCUGACGACCAGCGCAGAGUACUAUCGCUCCAAAGUGGCCGGCUGGACAGCAGCGUACUCUUGCCCUCAGUUCCUGCGCGAGAUUCAGCGGCGAUUGGAGGACGAGGAGAGUCGGCUCAGCCGAUAUCUCGACCCGUCAUCCGAGAAGGACGGCUAUUCAAGAGUUGUCGAGCUCCUGUAUGUUUUACCGAAUGCCUCCUUCUGA